GGGUGGAAAAUCGAUAUUUGCCUCUGAAACACUUACAAAAGGAGGAGCCUACGAGUGCAUUUGUCAAAAUCGGAGCACUCAUACAGAAAAUAGUUUUUUUCAUCUCUGGUUUCUAGUUAGGUUCUGGAUUAGGAGAAACAUCUCCAGGUAUGCUGAAAUCGGAAUUCCAACACCAAUUCUGGGUAACCAAAAAAGCGGUUCAAAGGAAGCUAGGAACAAAAGAAGAUGAAAAUAUCGUCGCUUCCGAUGGUGAGCUGGAUUCGAAAAUCGAGCUUUUCCAAUCCGUGGCGGACAGUAGCCGGCAGCUGUAUCGAAUAAUAGAUCAGUAUCAGGAGCGCGUAUGCAUUCUGGCGCAGGAAGAGAACACAUUGGGUAAAUUUUUACGCGAGGUCGGCAAAGAGAGCCCAACUACGGGCAAACUUAUGUCCAACACUGGCAAAGCGGUUUCCUAUUGCGGUCAGCAGCGUAUUACGAUUCGUGUGCCUUUGCUGCGGCUACAUCACGAUGUGCAAACAUUCAAAGGACGUGCGAUUGUGGACACCCAGAAUACCAUUCAGGCGAUGGAGAAGGAACGCACCGAGUACAGAGCGGCUCUCAGCUGGAUGAAGUCGGUUAGCAUUCAACUGGAUCCCGAUACCGGUAGAGGGUUGGAGAAGUUUCGCAAGGCACAGCACCAUGUGAAAACUGCCAAGACGAAAUUUGACAAAUACACACUAGAUUGCUUGGAGAAGAUUGAUUUGCUGGCGGCAGCUCGGUGCAAUAUGUUUUCCCAUGCGCUGGUCGGAUAUCAAAAUGCAAUGUUGCAAUUUGCUAAAAAGAGCAGUGAUACCUAUAAGACGGCUUUGAAGAGCCUUUCUAAGGAGCCGCACUACAAUUUUUCGAUUUUGAGAGAACUAACACAAGCUAAUCCAAAUGUUAAGCAGGGAGAAAGUGAAGAUCAGACCGAUAAACCGGUGGACGAUGAUCAAAUGCUAUUCUUCCAGGAUGAUUUUAAAGAUGAACAGGCGACUGGAAAAGAAAAAACGAAAUCCGAGCCCAAAGCAAAAGGCGAAGACCAAAUUUUGUCCAAAAAUACUUCGCAAUUCGAAGACCUUUUGGCUGGUAUAACUGAACAAAAGCUCAUGGAUACUGAAAAGGCCAACUCACGUACAGGAGAUUCCUCGAGUUCAGCUGAUUUAUUAGGUUUGACCGUAGGCGAUGAAUUUUCUGAUUUUCUGUCCGCACCAGUACCGUUCCUGCCAUCUACACUUCUAACUAACCCAGAAGCGAUGCAGUUUUCGCUAGACCAACUUUCGAGUCCAAGGCAGUCUACGGUAACGAGCAACAAGCCAGCCUCCAAUGACGUAUUCGGAAGUUUGCUACAGAGCCUUUCUAAAAACCAGCAGCCGCAUGCUGGUGCCGUAAUGGCCAACAAUCAAACGGAUUCCAAGCGGCCGCAGAAAGACACAAAAGAUCUUUCCGGUUGGUAUCAGCUGUUUGCUGAGCUAGAUCCACUAUCGAAUCCGGAUGCGAUCCCAUCCAAAAGUGACGCGCCCCACAACAGCUUGGCAGCUUGAGGUACAAAGAGUACGAAACAGGUUCUCGGAAAAGAAAUAUUUGUCAGAAUCGGGCAUCCUAAUCAAUGUUAUUAGUUUUAUGGCAGAGGACUAUAUUAUGCCAGUUACCCUAUUUUAUGCUAUUUUAAAAUGAAUGUCUCAUGCUUUGUAAAGAUUAAUAAAAGCCUGUCUCAGCCUGA